AUGUCGCUCUUCGGUCAACCCUCCGCUGGUCAGGGCCAGGGCAGCUCCGGCGGCCUCUUUUCAGGCUUGAACGUCAACACCAACACAGAUGCGCAGGGCAAACGAAAGUCCAUCUUCGACAAUUCCACAUCUCAACAAACAACGUCCACCGCCUUUCCCACUCUGAACACGAACGCCUCUUCCGGUUCGGUCUUCAAUCUGGGCGGUGCUGCGAAGACUUCCGCUCCGACCUUCUCAUUUGGCACAGCCGCAACCACUUCCGCUCCGUCCACAGGCCUCUUUGGAGCCGCAACUUCGACGUCACAGCAACCCGCCCCUACGUCGUCUCUAUUUGGUGCCUCUACCACACAACCUCCUGUGAAUAAUACCUCUACCUUUGGCAAUACGCUUGGUCAGAACAAUGCGGCGGGAGCAGGGGCACAACAGACCGAUGCUGCACCGUCGCAGACACGGGACGCCGCAUACUUUAGCAGCCUGCUUGAGAGGCAGAAGAAAAAGCCCAGGUUAAAGAACGAAAGAAGCGCUCGUCUGGCACAACUACCAGGUCUUGAUCUAGACCUUGGUGACCUCGCCCGGCGUGCGCAGGAGAUCAGACAACGCGGAACGAAGCCUUCGGAGCCUCACACGGACAGCAGAGCACAUUAUCUGCUAGCAGGGUCUGGUAUCGCACCGGGACAAGCAUACAGAGACUUCCAGGCGCUAGCGCCCGACGAUCGCGCUGGCUUGUCAAGAACCGCGGCCGAUGCAUUUGCUGACGAGUCCACUGCUUACUUGAGAGAUCUCCGAACCAAAGGCCGUGAAGCUAUGAUGAGGGAGGGAAUGGAUCGCGUCUAUCGGGAAGUUGAUCAAUUCAUCGAGGAGAGCUUGGGGGUCGACUUCGAAGAACAGAAGCUGCGGAUUAUGGAUCAUUUUGGCUUGGUUCCUCCGGGUCAGGAGGGUGACGAAGAUGAUGCUCAGUCGUUGUUCGGACGAACACCAAGGCGAAGCAAAGAAGCUUUGUCUGGUACGGCCCGGGGCACCAGAAGCAUUUUUGGUCGCUCAGCGGUGGAGAGGUCUAUCAUUGGAACACCGGGUUCAGUCGCUGGAUCUGCCUCCUUCUUCAAGAGUGCGGCGCCCCCGCCUGCUGUUUUCACAAGAGGCCAGAGCUCACGGGACCUCCGUGAAAAGGAAAAAUCAUUGAUUGGAAGAGUUGAAGAACUCAACAGAGCGCGACUACAGGAUGCACCGUACCCACUCCUGCAGGCUUUCGCGGAGGCGGAAGAUGGACACAUCGGCGACAGCCCUCAGCAGCUUGUCGAGGCGUAUCACGCUCUCCGCGAGAUCACCAAGGAAGGCAGAUCUCCGGUCAGCGAGAGGAAGUAUGCGCAUGCCUACCUGGACGAAACCGGCAGCAUUGGAGCCACGAGCCUGAAGAAGCAAAUCUUAGAAGGGUCUCGGGUCUACUUGGAGAAGUCUUUCCUGCGGGAGCUGAAGUUACUGAUCGAGAAGAAUGCGCGAGAAGCAGCUCUUGGCGGACAGCCGAGCGUUGUCAACAUUGUCCGUGCGUACAUUCGCCUCCGUGCAGUCCGUCGAGAUUUGGUGCCUGAUGGCGCAGAAUUGCAACAAGACAAAGACGAGAAUGGUGACUACUUCUGGGUGAUCGUCUUCUAUCUCCUGAGAUGUGGAUUUGUCAAAGAGGCCGCUGCCUACGUCAAGACCAACGAGGUGUUCCAAUCUACGGACAAACGCUUUGUUGCUUAUUUGACAGCCUAUGCAGAAAGUCCAGAUCGACGGCUGGCUAGGAGGCAGCAAGAAGCGAUCGAUAACGAGUAUGCGAAAAUGACCAAGGUGGCACAAAAAAGUGCUGUCGAUCCUUACAAGAUCGCUUGCUACAAAGUGGUUGGAAGAUGCGACUUGAACACGAGAAGCCUGGACGCUAUCGGUCAAGGCAUCGAGGACUGGUUGUGGCUUCAGUUCACGCUUGCACGAGAAACGGAAAGAGUGGAGGAGAUAUCUGGCGAGAUCUUCGGCCUCGACCAGAUCCGGGAGACAAUUUCGGAAAUUGGUGAAAAGCAUUUCCAAAAGAGUCAGAUUGAGGGCUCCAACGCCUACGGCACGUUUCUCCUUAUGCAAGUCCUUGCUGGGAUGUUUGAACAAGCGGUCGACUACCUGCACAACUUCAAUCCAGUCAGCGCGGUUCAUCUUGCUGUUGCCCUGGCCUACUAUGGUCUCCUGAGAGUCUCCGAUUUCACAGUCGCUGGCAACGAGCUUUUGACAUACUCGACCACGCAACUUCCGAUGAUCAACUUUGUGCCAUUAGUUGCUCACCAUACGGCAACAUUCAGAUCGGCGCUCCCGAUAGCAGCUGUGGACUAUCUUUCACUAAUCUGCCUGAACUCCGAUCUACAACCUGCCAGUCUCGGUCUUGUCCACACCAAUGCAUGUCACGAGUGUCUUCGCGAGCUUUGUCUCGAGACCCGCGAAUUUGCAAAACUCCUUGGAGACAUUCGUGGUGACGGCACUCGGAUACCAGGGGCGAUUGAGAUUCGAGCGAAACUAAUCAAGCUUGACAAUCGAGAAGAAUUCCUCAGAUCCAUCACAAGCCAGUCCGCUGCUGUCGCCGAUCAACGCGGACAAAUUGCGGAUGCAGUACUCUUGUACCAUUUGUGCGAGGACUAUGACAAUGUGGUCAGCGUGCUCAACAGGGCUCUUGCUGAUGCAGUGACCUUGGACUUGGGAGAAACUCCAAUGCAACUUCAACCUCUCCGGCCUCGACGAGGAGAUGGCCAAAAUGAAUCUGCAGCCAGCAGUCAGACGGGCGGCCCUCAGUCGUCUUUGUCAUUGACAGAAUCGACCACGUCGCCAGUCGAGCUUGCUAGGAAUAUGAUCUCGUUGUACAACAGCAAUGCGGCAUACUACAACGUCAUAUCGGUCACCAACCGAGAAGUGUGUGGUGCAUUGCUCCGACUGCUCUCGGUGCGGUCGCACCUGGAAGCGAGCCCACCUCAGUACAUGGCGGCUUUGGAAGAACUGAACGACCUCAAUAUCCUCCCGCUGCGGGCCAAUGGGUCCAUUCCCGUCAUCCGUGCAGCAGCGACCACCUUUGGAAGUCUUCCCCAGAUCCUUGCUCGCUGUGCCGGCGUUAGCGUUGUCUGGGCUGUACGGGCAAUUGGUGGAGAACGAGACAACCUGGUCAGAAAUGGAAGAUGGGAAGCAGGCUAUGGGGAUGACACAGGGCCUAUGAAGGACCAACUCAGUGAGAUGGCCAAAGACUUGAUGGUGUUUGCGGGCUUGGUGAAAUACAAAUUGCCUAGCCGUGUGUAUGAUAUGUUGACCCGGGCUGGCGGCGAGGUCGGAGCUUUCUAA